GGGAAGAUGGCGGCUGCCGUUUCAGCGUCUGGGGCCCAGCUGGUGGACUGGUGCAUUCGCCAGCUGCGGGACACCUUCCGGCUGGAUGUCAACGAAGAUGUCGUGCAUUACAAAGUGCUUUCCGUCCAUUAUGGGAUCUUCACAACAAUCCUAUGAGGUAUGUUAUGUCAAUUGAGGAUCCUGAAGAGAUUCGAGAAUAUGUUACUGACCUUCUCCAGGGAAAUGAGGGCAAAAAAGGCCAGUUCAUAGAAGAUCUUAUAACCAAGUGGCAAAAGAAUUAUCAGGACUCAGUUUCUGAUCCUCUCCAGAUAUACAGAAAAAGAGAUGAGAUCUCAGAUGGCCAGAGGUUUGGGGACCAGGGGAAGAAGGGUAGGCGCAAGGGGAGAAACAAGCAGGAAGUUCCUGCAUUUGCUGAACCUGAAUCAACUGUAGAGGAAGUCAAAACACCACUUGAUUUAGCCAAGGCACAGGAGAUCAACUCCUCAAAGAAGAAGACAAAGUAUGUUAACUUGUAUACAACAGAGGGACAGGACAGGCUUGCUGUUCUCCUUCCAGGACGACAUUCUUGUGAUUGUCUGGCCCAGAAGCACAAGCUCAUCAACAACUGUCUGAUCUGCGGGCGGAUUGUCUGUGAACAAGAGGGUUCUGGACCCUGUUUGUUCUGUGGGUCUCUGGUGUGCACUCGAGAAGAACAGGACAUCCUUCAGCGUGAUUCAAACAAGAGCCAGAAGCUUCUGAAGAAGCUCAUGGCAGGAACAGAGAAUUCUGGUAAGGUCGAGCUGUUCAAUAAGGAUCUGCUUCCUCAUCAAGAAUCUCGGAUUAAGACUGGUCUGGAGAAGGCUGUAAAGCAUAAAGACAAGUUGCUAGAGUUUGACAGGACCAGUGUUCGAAGGACCCAAGUCAUUGAUGAUGAAUCAGACUACUUUGCCACAGAUUCCAACCAAUGGCUAUCUAAGGUGGAGCGGGAAGCUCUGCAGAAGAAGGAGCAAGAACUCCGAGAGUUGCGUCAUGCCUCCCGCCUCUCUAAGAAGGUUACCAUUGACUUUGCAGGAAGGCAGAUUCUAGAAGAGCAAAACCACCUAACAGAGUACCACAAUAAACUGGAUGAGACAAUACAGGCUAUUAACUCAGGAGCCUUGAGUAAGUCCCUAACGAAACUAGAAGGAUCAUCUGAAGAGCCUUUGGGAGUUCUAGUGAAUCCCCAUCUGCUCCAGCCUGCACCUUUGUGGGUAGACCAGACUGACUCAGCCCCACAGAGGAAGACUCUUCUCUCAGCAGGUUCUAAUUCAGAGCUCAGCUCAGAGAGGAGCCGUCUUAGAAUUCAGGACCGAGAAUUUCAGGAAAUCUCUGAUGAUGGCUGGUGCCUCAGCAUGCACCAGCCCUGGGCCUCAUUGCUUAUCAGGGGCAUUAAAAGGGUGGAGGGCAGAACCUGGUACACAUCUCACAGAGGAAGACUGUGGAUAGCUGCAACUGCCAAAAGACCUUCCUCUCAAGAAAUCUCAGAACUACAGCAUACAUAUCGCCUUCUUCUUGGAAAAGAUUUGGAAUUUCCCAGUGAUUAUCCAUCAGGAUGUCUCCUUGGUUGUGUGGAUCUGAAUGACUGCUUGCCUCAGGAGCAAUUUAAGGAACAGUACCCAGACCUCAGACAAGAAUCUGAUUCUCCAUUUGUCUUUAUCUGCACAAAUCCCCAAGAAAUGAUCCUGAAGUUUCCUAUCAAAGGAAAACAUAAAAUAUGGAAACUGGAUUCCAAGAUCCAUCAAGGAGCAAAGAAAGGGUUAAUGAAGCAGAAAGCCACUGUCUGACUGAGAAAAGGAACCCAUACUUUGCUAGUGGAGAAUCCAGAGUUGUGUACUUCCUUUGAAGUGAAGGCAGUAAAAAUCCCCAGGCUGGACUUAAGCAUGGACUCCCUCAGAAUAUAAAGUCUUAACAAACUAUCUUAAGUUCUUCGGAGGGUGUGGAGAGAGGGUUGGAAGGAAGAUGUUUUCUAAACACAGUGGGCUACAUCUUGAGUACUAUUUAUAAAAAUCAUUUUAAAAUUCCAGGUCUUCGACAGGUUUUUUUUUUUAAGAAAAGGACUGCAAGGCCACAAGUGUGAAACCUUUCCCUUAGCUUUGAGUUGUGUUCCAUUUGGGAGAUUUUGUUUCUCAGGAAAACAGUUAUUUUCAAGGUCUCCUUAAGGAAGAUUCUUUUAUUCCCUGAAUCAAUCUAGAAGUAUUUGUUAAGCAUCUGCUAUGUGCCAGGCACUGCGUUAAGGCCCUGAGUUUACAGAAGUAACCUAAAAGGGUAGACUGGUGAAUCUCAAAUUGUUCAAAGGAUAUUCUGGCUAGAACAGGCUUGGAAUAGGACAAAAGGAUUUCUCAAAACAAGUCAUUACCACCAAUUCUGUCUCCUUUUUUCUAAACUGAUCAAUCCAAAGUGUCAGCUGGUCAUUGGCCUGAAUUGACUCUGAUGCUUCUGGGUGUGUGUGCCAUGCACUCUCUCUCACACACACACACACACACACACACACACACACACACACACACUCAAACAUACCAUCUCCCUCUCCCUCUCUGUCCUCCCCCCCACCCUUCUUUUUUCUCCCUCCCACCCUGCCAAGCCCUAUGGAGCUGAUUGCUAUUGCAAGACGGCUAUAGCUAUAGAACUGACAACCCAACAACCUUCCUUAUUCCAUUUCCGCUAAAGAAAGAUGCAUCCAAAUGCCCCCAAACACUGAAACUAAAGCCUCAGAUCACACUCUGGCUGCUAGGUAGCUCAGUGGAUAGAGCAGAGCCAGGAAACAGGAAGACUCCAGUUCAGAUUUGGCCUCAGAUACUUCUUAGCUUUGUGACUUGGGGAAAGUCACUUAACUUCUAUUUCUUUCAACUCUCUCAUCAGUAAAAUGAGGAUAAUAUCAGCAUUCACCUUGUAGGUUGUGAUGUAUUUGUAAAAAAAAACUGGCACUUAGGAGAUGAUAUGUAAAUGCUUAUUCCCUUUCCCUCUGGAAAGUUAUGUGCUUUGAAAAGGCAGGGGGUACAACUGAAAUAUGAUUAUUACUAGUUGGUCUGGCCUCACUUAGGGAAACAUUUUGUUUCUGAAGCAGUUCUAGGGAGCUGUUAGAAUCUCAGUUCCUGGCUUCUUGAGGAAACUCACAGCCUUAAAAUAUGCAUGUUCUGCUUUUUAUAAAGCUAUGGCAUCACUGGGGAAGUUGGACUCCCUCCAGCAGUUGUGUGCUUGACUUUAAAAAAAAAAAGGGAAAAAGUACUCAGUGUUAUGAAUAAGAUUAAUUUCCCCUUUCUUUAAUCCUUCAUAUUCAGCGUUUAUUUGCAUUGAAAUGCCUACACUCAUUAUGCAUUGAUGUUCACUCAACUGUGAACCCUGCUUGCUGCAUAGCUCUAGGCACCAGUUCUACAUGGCCUGAGUGUUACUGAUUCCCAGGCAAAACCUACCACAUAUUAGCUCAUGAUGGGAACAUGGAAUAGUCCUUGCUCUCUUAUUGUUUAACCUGCAUGGGAAAAGUGGGAAGGAUAGCACUUCUUAAAAAUUUACUUAUUGGACUCAUGCAGCCAGCAGUGCUAUUAGUAAAUGAAACUAGGCUGAGUUCACUAGGUAGUUAACAAGUCUAUCAGACAGUGGCAUUAUGUGCUGGAUUUUGUCUAGUUCUUUACUCAUAUAAAACAAAUGUGCACAGAUGGCAAGGUUUUGCUACCUUUUUAUUUGAGUACAGGAAGGACUGGAUUGAUAUCUCCACCUAGACAGAAUGCCCAUGCAGGCCUCAAGAAAAGUAAUCAGAAACUGCAAAGUCUGGUUUAUACAGCCGUCCUUCCACAUGUUAGAUAGGGCAGUUAGAGGGAGAAUGAUAUGGAAAGCCAGCCUUUAGAUACAAUAAUAGAGUAUUAUUCCAUUUGGGGUUGUGGGUGGGGGUAGGUUGGAAGGAGAAGGAGUAAAUUUGUUGGACAGAUGACUAUCAGCUCCUGCAUGAAUAAAAGAACAUGAUUUAAAA